UAUUAAUUCAUUUUUAAUUUUGAGGGUAAGUUUGUUAGAUUUGCGUGUGGUUUUAGAAGUUGGACUCAACAAUACUGUUAUUGAACAUGCGGUGUUGUGUCUUUUGUAUUUUUCAAACAUAAGAAGUGAUAUACAUUUUCUCUUCUUACACACAAAGUAUAUCCAAAUUCAUUAUCUAUAUAUAGCCCUUGCCCCUUCGCUAGAUCGUUGCUGUUUGCUGUUUAGUUUUGUUUGCCUUUAAAUCAGAGAAAAAAAGCUGAAUGGAGUUGGAUUUAACACCAAAAUUAGCACAACCACUGUUUGAGGGAGAUGGUGGAGGUUACUACACUUGGUCAAGUUCUGAAAUGCCGAUUCUAGCUAGGACUAAUGUGGGUGCUGGUCGUCUUGUUCUUCACCCUCGUGGCUUUGCCCUUCCUCAUUAUGCAGAUUCAUCCAAGAUGAGUUAUGUCAUCCAAGGGAGUGAUGGUGUGGUUGGGAUGGUACUCCCUGACAGUGAAGAAGAGGUGGUUGUGAAGCUUAAGCAGGGAGAUGUUUUACCAGUACCUAUAGGAAGUGUGUCAUGGUGGUUCAACAAUGGAGACUCAGAUCUCACCAUUGUUUUUCUUGGAGAAACUUCAAAGGCUCUUAUUCCAGGUCAAUUCACCUAUUUCCUUCUAACUGGAGCUCUGGGAGUUAUUGGAGGUUUCUCAACUGAGCUCACCAGCAAAGUGUAUAACUUGGACAGAGAUGAGGUUCAAAAGCUCACAAAAACACAAGCUGGGGUUUUGAUUGUGAAACUAGACAAAAAUCAGUCACUGCCUAAACCCCAAAUUCACAUAACCAAAAAGCUUGUCUACAACAUAGAUGCUGCAUGCGCAGAAAAUGUUGUUGAAAAUGCUGGAUUGGUCAAAACUUUAACGGAGAAAGAGUUUCCUUUUGUUGGGGAAGUUGGGUUGAGUGUGAUUGGAGUGAAACUUGAACCUGGUGCUGUUAAGGCUCCUUCAUACUCAACCACUGCGAUUCAAUUAAUUUACAUUGCUAGAGGAAGUGGCAAGAUUGAAAUGGUGGACUUUAAUGGAAAACCUGCAUUAGACACUCAGGUUAAGGCUGGUGAUUUGUUUGUGGUGCCGCAAUUUUUUCUGGUUGCUAAAAUUGCAGGAGAAGAAGGAAUGGAAAGUUACUCCAUUACAACAACUACAAAGCCUUUGUUUGAAGAGUUGGCAGGAAAGGGAUCAAUCUGGAGAAAGUUGUCAUCUUCGAUGCAAGAAGUUGCUCUUAACGUGGAUUCAGAAUUUGAGAAGUUGUUCAUAUCGAAGAUCAAGAAAUCCAGUGAUCUCAUUCCACCCUCCUAUUAGUUAGUUUGAUGUUGAUGUGAGAGACAAGGAUGAAGUAGCCAACUUGUUAUGACAUUGCUUUGGUUUUAAAAGCACUAUUACUCGUGCUUUUUUGUACGUGUUACAUUUAUUUCUAUGUAUGUUUUAAAACUUUAUCUAAUAUUUAUCGUUAUAAAUAAUACUUCAAACAUUAAAGGUGA